AUGAUACUUCUAACCAAGGCGCUAGGAGAUAUCAUUGCUGAUGUUCUUCCCAAACGAUUUGGCAUUGUGUGGGACGGGUGGACUUUCCGUUCCGAACACUACCUUGCUGUGUUCGCCGUGUUUGGUCACGACGGUAAGAUGGAGAAGAUUUUGCUCGCCAUGUCCACCCUAGCGGACGACGACAUCGUUAACCACUCUGCCAUGGCUCAUGUAGCCUUUCUACGCAUGAUUUUGUGGUUCUUCAAGCGCUCGCUGUCCGACAUUCUCUACAUUGUUGCUGACAAUUGCGCAACAAAUGGCUGCAUUGCUUCGUUGAUGAAGGCGCCGUUUGUGGAGUGCGCCAGUCAUAGACUGAGCUUGGCAGUGGUGGAAUACAUGGAGAGCUACGAGUCCAUAUUGGACAAAAUGCAGUCACUCACGCGUAAAUUACGCGGUCUGAAUGCGUCGGCAAGUCUGCGAAAAAGAAACAAUCUGCAGCCGGUCGCUGAACUGGAGACACAAGGAACUAACGCGGGAGGUUUUGCCCCAGUACGUCUGCAGUAUACCAAGCUUAAGUCACAGGCAAUCUACUACAAAAAAAUGUGGUGGACAUCAAUUUGA